AUGGCGUCAGCUGGAAAUGGAGGCAAGGAGAGGAGGAAGAAAAACUUUUCAAAGGAGGAGAAGUCUAUUAUAAUUGCUGGAAUAGCCAAAUAUUAUAAGAACCUCCAUGGUGCCCACAGUUCCCAGACCAGCAAGGCACGGAAGAAGGAGAUCCUUGAGGAGAUCACCCUACAGGUCAAUGCCGUAGGGAAUAAGACCAGGACCCCUGAUGAUGUGAGCAAAAAAAUCAAUGACCUGAGACUGCCCGGCCAACCUGAAAUAAUGAAAUCUCCAUCAAUGGAAGAUAAUAUAAUUAGAUGGAGACUGUCUGAGCAAUGGGGAAAAAUCACCGGAUUCCAAAUGAAUAUCUCAGCCUGGAGGGAUUACAACGUGUCCUUUGCUGUGGAUGAAUCUCUCCAUUUUCCACCCAAUGUGACGGAAUAUAAAAUCCCCCUCCAGUAUGGAACCAACUACACCAUCGCCCUCCGAGGGUUCACAUCAGCCGGAGCCGGGGAGGUCACAACACAGAUCAUUGAAAAUGAUAUUGGAGAUCCUCCGCUUCACAUGGAGAAGACAAUGAAUGAUGACACUUUACAGCUCCACCCGGUUCUCAAUCUGAACGGACCAAUCAGAUCUUAUGAAAUAAUUGUCUUUGGCGGUAAGGAAGACAAUUCAACAAAGGAGUGUCUGACUUUCACAACCACCCCGUACAACUCCAGCUGGACUCUGAGCCGUUAUACCGCGGCUGUCCUUCCUGCAGAGACCCUCACAGGACCCAGAACCUUCACCCUGGGGGAUGACCACCAUUAUAAUGGGUUCCACAAUGCUCCUCUUAUCCCCAACAUCAACUACACCGUCUACAUUCGGGUCACCAGCCGCUGGAAUCACGUGGAGAAAUCAUCCUGUGCUUUUGCGGGGUUCCUUCAAAAGCCGGCGAGCAGCAACACUCACAUCAUUGCGGGGUCCAUAGCCGCUGUCAUUUUAUUACUCAUCCUUCUUCUCAUGGUGAUCCUAUGGAAGAGCCGCUCUUCAAGUAAAUCGAGACGUUCAUCUAACAUCCCAUUGAAGGUUCAAACUGGAAUAGGGAAGAAGAGAGACAUCCCUGUAGAUAAGUUCCUGGAAGUUGUGAAAAGUUUCCGGAAGACGGAAUUAGCGGACAAUGAUGAAGAUGAAGAAGAGAACGCAAACAUCUCCCCGGUUGGACGGUACAUGGAGUACCAGGAUCUUCCCGGGGGGUUCGGGAACCCCUGUACUGCUGGUCAGGCUGAAGAGAACCAAGCUAAGAAUCGCUACAAAAAGGUCUUACCGUAUGAUGAUUCUCGGGUGGUGCUGAGGUCCGGUCCCUCCAGAUCAGAUUAUAUAAAUGCCUCCUACAUUAACGGAUACAAAGCUCCAAAAUUAUACAUAGCAACUCAAGGUCCCCUUCCUGAGACUCUGGCAGACUUCUGGAGCAUGGUGUGGCAGGAGAACAGUUCCGUCAUUGUGAUGCUGACAGGACUGCAGGAAAAGAACAAGGUAAAAUGUGAAUGCUACUGGCCAGAGCAGAGCCACACCUACGGUGACAUCACAGUGUCUGUCCAGAAAAUCAUCCAGACUGGAGCCAUCACCAUCCGCAGCUUCAGCUUGAAAAAGGUGCAGUCCGCGGUGCAGAUUACGGUGGAGCAUCUGCAGUACUUGCGCUGGCCAGACCACGGGGUGCCCAGGAACUCCUCAGAUCUGGUGCAGCUGAUAGAGCUGAUGAACAAAUGUAACACUCCGGGGUCCGGACCCGUUAUCGUACACUGCAGUGCUGGGAUUGGCAGAACGGGCACAUUCAUCGCACUGGAUAUUCUCCUGAAGAUGGCGCACGCGGUCAACAAAGUGAACGUCUAUAAUUGUGUGUCGGAGCUGCGGAAGAAGAGGGUGAAGAUGGUGCAGGAAAAGGAGCAGUACAUCUUCCUCUAUGACGCAUUGCUGGAAGGUCUCCUCUGUGGGAACACCAUCGUUCCGGUGUCGGACAUCCAGAAACACAUCGGUCACAUGAGAGUACGGGACGGCAGGACCAACAUAAGCGGAUAUGACAAGGAAUUUCAGGUAAUUUCUCAGAUGUGUUCAUUGACACCAGAAGUAUGA